AUGCGUUCAUACAGUGGUUGUAUUACCUGUCGGCACCGGAAACUGAAGUGUGAUGAAGAGCAGCCAAUCUGUCACAACUGUAUUAAGAGUUCGCGCGACUGUCGCUACGUCGAGAGGGCCGUCUUUCGCACGUUUGACGGCAGUGUACUGUCGAAUGGAAGAACAAAGAACAAGGUCGACCCUUGCGAACCAUUUAAUGACAACCAAGUUUGGCUGGACAUUCCCAAGAAUUUAACGUUUGUGAACAUUGAAGACCCAUACGAAUCUGACUCGACAGCCCUCUUCCAAUGUGAACUGGAGGAGCUCGACCAAGGGGCGGCACGGAAUGUGGAUGAUGAAAUAACAAGUUCGCCUCAUGAUCGCAAAGAGGAGACUUCAAACAGCGACAGGGGCAUCUCCUCGCAGGAUUCCUCAGUAUCUCCACAAAGAGACGAGCCGCUGUCAAUACCGCGGCCACACAAUGGCCUGAAUGGCAACCUUUUGUCUUUGCGAUUAUUGCGACACUUCAAGGAAGGACCCGGACAAUGGAUGGAUACCUUUGAUACUGGAGCCUACUUUUCACAUAAGGUAACAGUCAUGGCUGCAACAAAGCCACUCUUGAAAUCUGCCGUUUGCGCGCUGGCAGCAAAACACUUGGGGCACUGUCAAAGGAUCGCCAAGAGACAGUUUGGGGAUAAGCCAGAAGAGACCCGCAGAGUCAUCUCGACUCUCGAAGAUACUGUUGAUUGGCAGUAUCAAUCCGCCAAGCAUUAUGAUUGCGCCAUUAAACAUCUCAAGGUCGCGAUUAAUCGGGGAGCAUUUGAGACUGACGAUGCCGACAAAGAGGAGCUCUUUGCUUCAAUAACGAUACUUUGCACCUAUGAGCUAAUGGAUGCGCCAGGCACAGCUUGGAGCGCUCAUCUCAGUGCGCUGCCGCUUUUCAGUCCGACGUUUGACUCUGAGUCGGUCCUGGGCUCUCCGAUCGCCAUCCCGAGAGCAGCUGUUUCUGGGCCCAUCUUCUGGAGCUUAGCGAGACAAGAUUUACUUUGUUCCUUUAUUAGUGAGACGCAGACACGGCUGGAUUUGAAGGACAUUCGCCUGUGGCAAAACGCGGGUCUUGUCACCGACGAGCAUGGAUCACUCAUGCCCUAUCACAUUUCCAACGCAGCCGAUGUUGAAGAAGAUGCAAAGAGCAACGAGCUCGUCUGGCUCCUGGGCAAGAUCGCGAACCAUAUCGCUGCUGGAGAUGCCCUCGAUCCCAAGCACUAUGCUCUUCCACCGGGCCAACGACCACUUGUUGGUGUGACACAAGAACAGUUACUCGAGAGAUGGAAUAUCCUGACCAGAGAGCUUCAAAAUUGGCGCUGCACCCUACCGGCGAGCUUCCACCCAAGCGCCCGAACCAGUGCUGCUGAAAUGACGGGAGAAGAAGAUAGUUGCCCUCUGAACUUUGAGAAGAUAUGGUACGAAGCUCCAAUAUGUGCCGCGACAAUGCAGAGCUACCACAUGGCCUGCAUUUUGCUAUUGACAAACCAGCCUCAAGAGUCCACAGCAGUCCGCUCGUCCGUCUCUGCUCGCCUAGACUCGUAUCGGCAAAGCGAGCGUGAGGCUCUUCGUCAUGCUCGCGAGAUUUGCGGCAUCAGCCUGACGAAUCCUCCGGAUUCUGUACGAGUGCACUCCGUCCAGGCCCUUUUUGUGGCGGGGCAAGUAUUCACCGAUUCGCAAGACCUCCAAGUCGUAUUAGAAUUGCUGUCAAGUAUUGAGCGAGACCUUGGAUGGACAACAAGCCACCAUGCGUCUAGAAUUGCAGACUUGCUGGCUAGACGGAGCAAUGAUAGAGAUCCAGAAUGGAUUUUUGUUUGA